ACGAACUGGUAGCGAACAUAUAUAUUGUGCUGCAUUGCCGGCUUGUUUGUGCAAUGGAGCGAUCAACGCCCCGAACAAUGGCGCCAACACGGUGGCUACUGCUUAUCUGCCUCGCCGGUGCGGCGGGUGGCGUACUCCAAGCUCGCGCCCAGCCUGACAGCAACGGUAUUUUCUAAUAUUGAUCCCAUGUUCACAACACAAUUUUACAUUCUCUUACAUUUCUUGCUGCGGAAAAUUUUCAUUUUCUUUUGCAACGUAUGGAUCGUAGGCAUGCACAGUCGAACUGUGUACACGUUGUGUCUGUGCGUGAUUGAUGGAUUCAUCGCAUGUUGUUUGUACUGAAGGGUUCAUAAGCAUAGAUUGCGGUCUUCCAGGCAAGACGAGCUACGUGGAAGACACCACCAAACUCCCCUAUACUCCAGAUGCCGGCUUCACCGACACCGGCACCAACCACAACAUCUCGGCCGAGUAUUUAACCCCGUCAACCGGCAGGAGCUGGCACAAUCUGCGAAGCUUCGCCACUGGCCCGCGCAAUUGCUACACGCUCCUCUCUCUCAUGUCCGGUCUCAAGUACCUCGUCCGAGCCAAGUUCAUGUAUGGAAACUACGACGGCCUUGACAGGCCACCCGUGUUUGACCUCUAUGUUGGCGUCAACCUGUGGACGACGGUAAACAUCACGGGCCCGGAAGGGAUGGUGUCCACAGAGGUUAUUAUUGUGGUGCCGGACGACUUCUUGCACGUCUGCCUGGUGAACACCGGCGCCGGGACGCCCUUCAUCUCUAGCCUGGAGCUCAGGCUGCUGCACAGGACACUCUACCCGCAGGCAACCACGACGCAGGGCCUCGUCCUCUCGUCCAGGCUCAACUUCGGCCCAACUAGCGAAAACAAUGUCAUCAGGUGAAUCAGAUACCAAUCAAAGUUUUUCUCCGGUUUUUGCCUCCCAAGCAUAUGUUCCCGGGUGAACAACAAAUUUGAGAAACCAGUAACAAAAAUCAAAACAAUAUAAUAAAGGUUGUGGGAAAUAAACAUGUUCAUGUCUUCUAUCUGCAACUCUGCGUACAAAUUGUAAUGAAGAAAAGACGUAUUUUGUGAUCUGGAGAAAAAGGAAAAAAUAAUCUUUCUUGUUUUUUUUUGCCUAGAUCAAAAUAUGCCAUUUCUUCCAAAAAGAUCGCAUGCAGUUAAGGCACAACAUGUUUGUUGUAACAAAAUAGAAAAUUAUUGAUUUUUUUUCUUUCAAAUUUCCUGUCCACCCAGGGUAUGUGGACUAGCUUGGCCUCCAUUUUGAACAUCCAUUGUUUUCCUCUAAGUUUUCAUUUCUUCAAUGGCACUAACCCUACGUGACACAAUUGAUCAGGUAUCCGGACGACCCACACGAUAGAAUAUGGGUCCCUCGGGUCAACUCGGCAACCUGGACCGAGAUAACAACGACGAACACGGUGCAACACGAAGAAGGCGACUUAUUCGAAGUGCCGACUACGGUGAUGCAAACGGCAAUCAUGCCGCGGCGGAACGGGAUCCCGUGGCGCAGUCCAGCGACCCAUCGCCAGGGUAUAUCGCCAUCAUGCACUUCUCCGAGCUGCAGCUCCUCUCAAGCAACUGCAUGCGUGAGUUCUUCGUCAGCAUCAUCGGCGAGCCAUGGCACCCAAACGGCUUCACACCCAAGUACCUCUAUGGCAGCGCCACUUACAAUAGCUUGCCCUCUCGGAAGAGCGAGUACGUCUCCAUCAUCGCCGCACCCAACUCAACACUGCCACCUGUAAUCAAUGCUCUCGAGGUGUUCUCCGUCAUCCCUACUACAAUCAUCGGCACAGACUCCAGGGAUGGUAUGUGCAUUCUGUAUAGACACGUAUAAAAUAUGUACAUGACCACAAUAGUGCACGCCUAAAAAAGAAAAUUAAAUCACAAUUUUCCUAAAAUUAUUGUCAAACCGGAUCAGUAUCGUCUCAAAGUUUUUUGAUCGACAUCUAACCAGCCUCCUCUCAAGUCACUCCAUAUAUAACAUUAUACUACUACUGACUUAAAAUUGCAGUUACAAUAAAGCUAGAGAGUGCAAUUUUUAGGUGAUAGGGGCAAAGGUGUCCCGAUGUUUUGAUGAGAUAGCAAUCGUUUUCUG